GACGCAGGCGUGAGUCAUUUGCUUCUGAAAAGCCUCGGUGGCGUCCUUGCGCUUCGCGGUCCUGCUUCGGUGGUACGCGGCGGCUGCCGGAUAGCUCGCAGGUGGAAAGAUGGCGUUUGUGAAGAGUGGAUGGUUGCUGCGACAGAGUACUAUUUUGAAGCGUUGGAAGAAGAAUUGGUUUGACCUGUGGUCAGAUGGUCACCUGAUCUAUUAUGAUGACCAGACUCGGCAGAGUGUUGAGGAUAAGGUCCACAUGCCAGUGGACUGCAUCAACAUCCGCAUGGGGCACGAGUGUCGGGAUAUUCAGCCUCCAGAUGGGAAGCCAAAAGACUGUAUGCUGCAGAUUGUUUGCCGAGAUGGGAAAACUAUCAGUCUUUGUGCAGAAAGUACAGAUGAUUGUUUGGCCUGGAAAUUUACACUCCAGGAUUCCAGGACAAACACAGCUUACGUUGGCUCAGAAGUCCUGUAUGAUGAGACAGCUGUGGCUGCUUCUCCUCCUCCUUACACAGCCUAUGCCGCACCGACCCCUGAGCAGGCAUAUGGCUAUGGUCCGUACUAUGGUGCAUAUCCUCCAGGAACUCAAGUUAUCUAUGCUGCAAAUGGACAGGCUUAUGCUGCACCCUACCAGUACCCAUAUGCAGGACUUUAUGGACAGCAGCCUGCCAACCAGGUCAUCAUUCGGGAGCGGUACCGAGACGGCGACAGUGACCUGGCCCUGGGCAUGCUGGCCGGAGCAGCCACUGGCAUGGCCUUAGGGUCUCUGUUCUGGGUCUUCUAGAGUCCUCCACAUCUGGGUGUGCAUAGCUCCUGAUGCUCUGUGUGCAAUAAUAUGAUUUGCAGGGCAUUUAUGUUGAUGAUAAAUGUUUUUAAUAAUAGUUUUAAUUGUUCUUUUGAAAGUGAGGACAUCAUAGUUACAACUAAUCCAUACACGUACUGUAGAGGAGGCUUCUGACUUAUGUUUAGCUAAAACAUGGUCUCUCUGGGGCACUGGCUCAUUCCAGGAGUUUCUUUCUAGAACUCUUGGAAUACCUUAUUUUGGACAUACCUGUUUAGAAUGGCAUUUUCUUUUCAGAGUUAGGUAUAAUGCUUAAGGGAUAAUUUAGUGCUGUGUUGAUACAAGGUGUUGUAUGGGUGAGUGAGUGAUGUGGCAAGGAGGACUGUAGCUUCUUUCCUUUUAACAUUGAACUUUGAAGCCUCGGAUCCGAGCUGGCUGCAUGUGACUUCAGGAGUUGUGGGCUGGCAAGCAACCAGGAACUUCCCUGAGGCACUGGGGUGGUAUCCCCUGGACCUGGAGCCAGCAAGACUGACUGCUCAGGAUGAAGGAGGAGGGUCAGCCCCCCUCCCCAUCUCCUACCCCCCUCCUGCCUCCUCUUAAAUGAUGCUUCUUCAUUUUAUUCAUUGUUUGUUUGGUGUAGUGAUCCUUGGAAAAUAAUCCCACAUUAGGCAUUGACUUAAGUCUCAAAAUUUUAUCCUUUAAAAUUUGAAGAGGACAAAAACAGUUUCAAGUAUGUAAAGGUAGAUUUGCUUUAUUCAGAGACAACCUUAUGUUUUUGUGUCUACUUUGAGUAUUUUUAUUGCUACAGUAGCCUACUUACAGCCUAUUUUUUUACUUGUUGAGAAAGUGGUAUUAAAAGAAUGGUGAGGAACAUGGAAUUAGAGCCAUAGUUACAGUGUCAGGCCUCCAGUGACAGGAUUGCACUGUGAGGAGGAUGCUCUUUGCCUCCUUCCUGUCCUUCUGAAGACCUGUUUUGUGCAGGACUGGGGCACUGUGACUCUCCCCCAAGCACUGGGGUUCGGGAAGUCCUGGUGGUGGCAUAGAGGGGGCUCUUGGGACCAUGGCUUUGGGGGAGACUCAGGUUAUAGAUCGGAGAUGAUGCCUAAAGACAUGAAUGACCUGCUGUCAAGACAUUACCCAACUUAGCCAGGACACCAGCUUUGUUUUUAUUCCUGAUAAUAGAAGCUUAAACCAUGUAAUUUUGUGCCUCAGCUAUGUGUGAAGCUCUGGAAAACCCAUAAUCCUGCACUUCUGUUACUUCUUUAUGUGAAUUUGUAAAGCCCAUAAUUAGUCCAGUUUUUUGUCCUGCAUGCUUUAAAAAAUGCACUUCUACCAAGGCAGCUUAGCACAGUAACACUCCCUGCCCAGCACUCCGGCUACUCUUAGUAGCACAAACUUUUUAUUUUCUGUGGCCAGUGACAUACAUAACUUGUUUCAUGGGUCAACUGCCCUGUGUGUCUCUGAGCUGACUUAAAUAGGUCUCCAUGUGAAACCAUCUGCUGAAUGACCUUGAUGGUGACCACAGUCAGGUCUAUCUUCCUGGGCAGUUCUGCUGAACUCAUUGACACUGUAGAGUCUGUUUCUAGUUGAAAGGAGGUGCACUUGACUGUCAUCCCUUUGGAUAUUUGAGAUGGUGGAAAAUUGCCAGAUGUGAUGUGUGACAUCUGGUUUUGAUGUUUAAAAAAGUUGCUUUUAAUGAUUUUACAUCCUGUGUAGUAAGAAUGGCUUUGUUUAGAUGAUAGUCAUUAUUUAAGAGCCGUAUGCUUUACUAACAAAACCAUCAACAGUGUUUAAUGUGACAUUGGGGUAUUAAUUUUGAACUUGGACUUACUGGAACCACAGAGUACUGAGUUAGGUCACUGAAAUGCCUGGGAAGCAUAGUCCCCCUCUGACAGAAGGGGGAGAUGUGAACUGAAGCUUGGGGACAUGUGUGUGCACUCUGUUGGCCAGCCCGGUGGGUAGACAUAGUUGAACUUGGAAAUUCAGUGUUGGCAGUGACUUGAUGCUGAUAGGAAAUGCAUAGUAUUAUAAAGAUGAGGUGAGAUACUUCAUUUCCUUGGUCUGAUUUCUAUAGAUUCCAGCUUUGUGUUCACCUCAGUUUAGGUAAUACUGAAGAAGUUAAGUGAGAUGGAAGGAACUUGUUCAGGUGUGAGUAAGCGUUUCACUUUGAUGUGUGGAAGAAGUUGGCCACUGAUGUUGCACAUGUGCCAAGCUGAUUGUUUUUUAGUUACUGGAGUGAAUUUCAGGGUCUUAGAUUGUGAAGAGAAGGGAAGGACCAGUGGCUGUGUUUCAGAUGAUCUUCCUGAAACAGGCCAGACCAGGACCCAAGACCUGGAUCAUAAGGAGAAGUUCUGUGAUUGAGACAAAUGGCCCAAGUUUAUUUUCUUUAUAAGUUAUGAUCCUGUUUUGUUUUUCUUCCUCCUUUCCAAGUUUAUGUAGAUACAGACAUAGAAUGCACUUCCAUUUUACCCCUAGAAUUGAUCUGUUUUCUGAUUGCUUCCCUCUCAUGUUUUCUCCUGUCCACAAAACCUAUUUUUCCCUGUAUAAGCAAAUUGUAUGUUUAUAAGUGAAAAUGUUAAUACAUUAAAUGAUUAACCUUAAAGCUGGUUGUAUUGUGA